UCCCUCAUAUUAUUCAGUUUUAAUUGCUCUAUUUUUUAUUAUUAAUUUAUUUUUAAUUCAACAGAUAUUCUGCGUUUUGGUGAAACUUUGUAUUUUUACUGAAAACCAUGUCGGACGCUUUGUCUGACGACGGCAGCGACUUCAACCAGGAUGACACCCAGGAGGAUGUUAUGACCCCGGCGGAGCUGAUCGCUAAACUGGAAGAAGCUUGGCUAAAUGAGAAGUUCUCACCGGAGCUGCUGGAGAACAAAUCAGAGGUGGUGGAGUGUGUGAUGGAGCAGCUGACUCAUAUGGAGUCCAACUUGCAGCGGGUGAAGAAAGGCGAUGCAAAGGCCAGCAUCCAUCGCAUGGAAAUAGACAGGAUCCGCUACGUUCUCAGCAGCUACCUGCGCUCUCGUCUGCAGAAGAUUGAAAAGUAUUUCCCACAUGUCUUGGAGAGAGAGAAGUCUCGGGGUGAGGGCGAGCCGUCUCUGCUGUCGCCUGAGGAGUUUGCUUUUGCCAAAGAGUAUUAUGCCAACACAGAAAGCUACCUGAAGGCUGUAGCACUGAAGCGCAUGCCAGCCAACUUACAGACUGUGGAUAUGCUCAAAGCAGUGCCUGAGCCCUGCCUGGACUCCUUUGUGUUUCUGCGAGUGAAAGAGAGACAGGAAAACAUCCUGGUAGAGCCUGAAACGGAAGAUCAGAGAGAGUAUGUCGUGGAUCUCGAAGAGGGCUCUCAGCACCUAAUGCGUUAUCGAACUAUAGCUCCACUUGUGUCAAGUGGAGCUGUGCAGUUGAUAUGAAUGCAAAGGUUGCUUGUUACUUUGGAUCCAGGAGACAUUCUUGAAAUAAAGACGGCGCAGUGAUCACAUCAGGAAGCAUGCCCUUCAUCCUCACCUUUCAUCCAGAAUAAGGACUGACUUUUGGGAUGUAAAUAUAGAGACGUUUGUAGCACCAUGGCACCAGAGUUUAAUUCUGUGGGGGUGGGGGGACACGAUCGAGGUCACUGCCAGCGGGAACUAAAAGCUGUGGAUGAACCCUGUUUACUAAACUAGGUUUUUUGCAGCACUGAGUUUGUAUUUUUGGAUCUUUUUAAUCAUGUUAUAACAUAUUCUUUGUUGUGUAGUACGUUGGUGUGCAUGUGACUGAUAAAGACAGCUCUGUCUAAUCUGUUUAUUCAUUACUCUUCAUGUUGCUCCAUCCAAAUGAUUCAUGUUAUUGGAUGAUUUCUCAGCUGCUCAAUAACCGGAUGCAUCAGAUGACCCGACGGUGAAAUUUCAUCAGUUCACUUGGCAUCAUAACGCCUUCCAUCCCGAGGUGCUCAUGCUAGAUGUGCAUGCAUCUUUGCAAGAUCAGGGUUUGUUUGCUGUAAUUUAAGGACAUUCACACUUGAAUUAACAUGCUUUAAUGUCAUCGAUUGUCCUGUUAAUGCUCACCUAGCUGUUGUACAUCGUGACAUUACUCUUUUUCACUUGUUGAAAGUUUCCUUUUUGACUUUGUUUUAAACUUUAACCUAAAAGAUGUUAUGGUAGCAUUGUUAUGUAAGUGUUUCAGCGGGCGCAAUCAGUGCUUAUUGUUUGCCUUCACAUAAAUUCACCAGUAAUUGGAACUAAUAAGGGAUUGAAAGAGUGGGCUUAGACAGUCGUCUUGAUUACUCUGUGUUGCUAACUCUUAAACUGCAUUCAUUGAAGACCUGGAGAAGAAAUGUUACUUGAUGUUCUGAUUAGCACACUGCUGUCAUAUAGUGUGUGCCUUGACCUGGUAAAACCAGGAACAAAUCAAGUUGAUUUAGAUGUCUGAUAGCAUACAGUGUGGUUUUGAGGGGAACGGGCCUGUUAUUAUUCCUAUUAAAAUGUUGGAAAAUAAAAUAAAUAUUCCUUCAGGCAUUGAAGAUAGUUUGAAAUGUGAGUUGGAGAAAAAAUAAAAUGA